ACAGACUGAGAGACAGACUGAGAGAGAGAGAGAUAGAGAGCAGGAUGGGAGGACAGUUAGAGGUAGGUGGGGUUAUCUCAGUGGUGUUCUGUAUAAAAGUGUCUGCAGGGCUGGAGGGAGACUGGGCUUUGGAAGGAAGACAACCGUAAAGCGUUGGUCUAUUCUGGGACAUAUGCCUGGAUUACACUCUACACAGGAUAUUCAGAAGAAUAUCAACUGCUCUUCCUCCUCUUCACCAGUCACCAGCUCUUCAGAUCUCACCUUCGCUGAACUCCAGCCACUGAUGAUGCAACCACUUCCUUUAUCUGAGACUCAAGACAACAAAAAUGAACCUGCAGGACCCACAACCAUGCAGAGGGCCAGGGCACGGUUCAGAAGGGGAGUCUUGUAUUUCGCUGGAGACAUGCCAGUGUUUGGAAAAUGGAUGGAAAAACAGUUCAUCUUGUUCCAGCUCCUGGACUGGGUUCUGCGUGGAGCAGCCCAGGUCAUGUUUGUCAACAACCCCCUGAGUGGCCUCAUCAUAUUUGCAGGCCUUAUACUACAGAACUACUGGUGGGCCCUUAACGGCUUCGUGGGAACACUCUUUGCCACCUUAUCUGCUCUGAUUCUGCAACAAAACAGGGGUGCAAUUGCUGCAGGGCUGUAUGGAUACAAUGGUAUCUUAGUGGGUCUGUUAAUGGCUGUUUUCUCAAAUGCUGGGGACUGGUACUGGUGGCUUCUGCUGCCCAACAUCUUCAUGUCCAUGAUGUGCCCCAUCUUGUCAAGUGCAAUCGCGUCUAUUAACAGUCGGUGGGAUCUUCCAGUGUUCACUCUGCCCUUCAACAUCCUGGUUUGCCUUCACAUGGUCGCCACUGGCCACUACAACCAUCACUUCCCUCAGGUCCUUAUUCAGCCUCGCUCAGAGCUGCCAAACAUCACCUGGGAUGAUAUCAAUCUACCCAAGCUGUUCAUGUCAGUGCCUGUAGGAAUAGGUCAAGUCUACGGCUGUGACAAUCCCUGGACUGGAGGAAUCUUCAUCAUUGCACUCUUCAUCUCUUCACCCAUCACAUGUGCUCAUGCUGUUCUGGGGUCUGCAGUCGGCAUGGUUUCAGGUCUGGCUCUGGCAGCUCCUUUUGAAAACAUAUACUUCGGCCUCUGGGGGUACAACUGUGUGUUAGCCUGCAUCGCUAUAGGAGGAAUGUUUUAUGCGCUGACCUGGCAGGUGCACCUGCUUGCCUUGACGUGUGCUUUCUUUUGCGCAUACCUGGGCUCAGCCAUUGCCAACAUAAUGGCAACAUUUGGUCUGCCGGCCUGUACCUGGCCUUUCUGUCUUUCUGCCCUGACGUUCCUCCACCUAACAACAGAGACCAACAAGAUCUUCAAGCUCCCACUGGCCAAAGUCACCUACCCUGAGAAAAACCUGGGCUUCUUCUGGAAGAUGAAGAAAGAAGAGAAGAGGGAAAAGGCCAAAGAGGAGCAGAAAAAGAGGGAGGAAGAACUAGUGCUCAAUGAGAAGGAACAGUUGAGACUUGAGCUUGAAAGAGCAGAGGAAGGAAGAGCUGAGCUGGAGGCAGUAGAGGGUAAAAAUGAUGAAAUAUCUGAGAGUACUGAAAAAGAAGCAGAGGAAGAAGAAAACCAUGGACCAACGGGCAUAAUGGACAUCUCCAUCGCUGAAUCUGUCUAACACUUUGUGCACUACAGUCUUAUCGUUGAACUACUCCUCAAUCAAUGUGUAUUUUGUAUCAACAUGUCCAUGUUUGACACACUUUUUGUAUUAAUACAUAUUUUUCCAAUAAUUAACUUUGUGUGACAUUACUCCGUCAGAAUUAGGGGCAACAAGAGAAAAGAAAAGAAAAGAAAAUACAGCUGGUAAUUUAACUUGGACACAUGUAUGGGCAAACUAGUUAAACAAACAAGAUGCUAACGAACAACCAGACACACGUACACACAUACAACGUCUGUUCGUCUGCUGAAAAGAGAGAUUGCGCAGAUCCUUCCAAAAUGUACAAGUUCAAUCAACAUCCAACCAAAAAAUACUGGACCGGGAUCGUGCUCGGAAGACGCUAGAAGACAUCUUCACUGUUAUGCUUCAAAAGUCUUAUCAAUGUCGAAAAGUUGCAUUCGCUGAACAUCUGUCUCCCAGCGUUCUUCGUGGGCUGCUUUUCCAAUCAUUAGUUCUGGAAUCGGAAUCGGAACCGGCGCACAUCGUCGUUUCCUCAGAAAUGUUUUUUCCGUGGUCUUGUGAAUCUGAUGUCGCACACUCUGAUUCUAUUGGAUCAAACUUUUAAAAGUAAAAAGACUGUAUGGUUUUCUUCAUGGUAUUGUUUUUUUAUGGUUUUCUUUCAACGAUUAUGAUAAAACUAUAUGUGGGGAAUACAUAUCCACAAAGAAGCUGCAUAGACAUAUAAAUGAACAGUAAAUGAAAAGAAACCUCUGUGGCUUCGUCAGUUAACGCAAAUAAGCUUGGCUAAAGGCUCUCCAAGUAUUUUCUUCUGCAGUCUAAGCCUGGAUUUAAAGGGAAUUGUAUGUUUCUAUAGCUUUUUAUGUCAUAAUUUUUGUUUUGUUUUUUGUUUUUUGUUAAUCCUCUCUUACAAUCGCGCAAUGGUUAUUAAUGUGAUGUUUCUAAUGAAUGAAGUGUUGGCUGUAUUUUCUUACAAAGAUAAAGGUGUCUUUAAAUGCUCACAAUAAAAUUAG